UCACUCUACUUUUUCUUUUGUCACGAAAAGUAGGAGAUUUUUUUUUAAUAAAAUUGAAAUCUGAAAUUCAAAGCUAGAAUCUCUCUCUCAUUUCGUACGGGUUUAGGGUUUGGUUUUAUUGAGCUUUCCGCAUUGCAGUAAGUUGAGCGACGAUGGUGGAAAGAUUCUUUCCGCUUCCAAAUCCUACUGAUAUGAGCAGCUGCCGGAGUCACAGUGACGACCCUAUCAUUCUUCUUUCUGGCCCUCCAUCCUCAGGAAAAACCUCGUUACUGUUCCAGUACGCUUUGAACUCGGCAAUGGAGUUCAACGGCGCCGUGGUGUUCAUCUGCAGCCGUCACAAGUUAGAUACCAAACCCCCCUUUCUCUCUCAGGGCGUUGAUCCUUCUUCCGACAUUUUUCAACGUAUUCACAUCAAGUAUAUAGAUGAUGAUGAAGGAAUUAAGAGAUACUUUGCUGCAUUCCACAUUCAUCAUGCAAACCCUGUUUCAGUUAUAAUUGAUGAUUUUGCUAAUUUCUUUGACGAAAGAAAUUGCCAACAGAGGUACAAUAAUGCUAGAGGAAGGGACUUGGCAAUGGUUCGAACUUUAGCCCUGUGCCGAAAUGCCAUUGAUACUGCCAAUUACGAUGAUACUGGCAACAGAGAAUCAAGUCCAUGUCAACUUCUUCUCUCUGAUACUCACCAUGGUGACUCCCCGAGGUUGCUUUACAUUUAUAAGAGAUGGGUCUCCUCUAUUUACACAAUUAAAGGGGACGGCUUUGGGUCAUUUCUACUUAGGAAGAGCAACUACUUUGGCAUUGGCAAAUCUGAUGGAAUAACAACUGCAAAAUAUUCUAUAGCUCUUCAGUAUUUGGUACUGGAAGGAAUUACUGAGGAUGGAGAACAAUGAAACUAAGGAACGUUUUCCUUUUGCUACAAAUUUUGAUUUGGUUUUUGCCCUAAGGUAUGUGUUAUAGAUGAACUUGAUCUAUUGUUCUGAAUUGCAAGGCAAUGAUUGUUUGUUUUGACAUAUAAUUAGUUUUCUAGUAUAAGAACAUCAUGCCAUUUAUAAUCAUAAGCAUCUAUACAUAUUUCAACAUAUAAUAUAACUCUCGUUUAAAUACACUACAUAUAUAAGUACAAGGAUGGAGAAGAACAGACAGACUAGAUCUUAUAUACAAGGUCUCUUUUAGUGAACUCCACUCAGGUUCUCAGGUACUCAGGCUCACAGAAUUCUCCUCCGAGAUCAUCACAAGCCUCUCCAAGAAAUACCCUGCACAUGCAUAACAUAGA